UGUUGCGGGCGACGCGGUCGCGGCGCAAAAGUAGAGGAGAUCAAUCGAGGGAACAGAGAAGUGCAGCGGCGUGCGUGACCGUUUACGAGAACGUUACGUAUUGUACCACCGUCCUCGCUGCAAAACGCACGUGCACACACGCGCACCACUCGACCGCGCAGACGUGUACUGCUGUGCACCGGAACAACGGACUACGCGAUCGGACCAGGGACAUGCGUUCCACGGGCGGCGGCGGCAGGACGCUGCAGUGCGUGGCGGCCGUGGUCGUAGUGCUCGGUUUGGCAACGCCCGGCCACGGCAUGGCGUACACCGUGUUCCAGGCGGUGGUCGAGUACUACCGGAUGCUGGGCCCGGGGCCGGCGGACGCGGUGCCGGACGCGGCGUACGUGAAACAGCAUUACGACUUCGUGGUGGUGGGCGCGGGCUCGGGCGGCUCCGUGGUGGCCAACCGGCUGACUGAGGUGGCCGGCUGGUCGGUGCUGCUGCUGGAGGCGGGCGGCGAGGAGAACGCGAUGACCGAAGUACCGCUGUUGGUCAGCUACCUGAUCGGCUCGGGCUUCGACUGGGGCUACCGGACAGAGCGGCAACCGGGCAUUUGCGGUGCAAUGGCGGACAAGCGGUGCCGGUGGCCGCGUGGCAAGGUGAUGGGCGGCACUAGCGUCAUCAACUAUAUGGUGUACACGCGUGGCGUGCCGGACGACUACGACCACUGGGCGCGGCUGGGCAACAGCGGCUGGUCGUACGCGGACGUACUGCCGUACUUCCGCAAGUCCGAGGAUGCCAGACACGUGCCGUCGCCGUCCACGUACCAGUACCACGGUCGCGGCGGCUACCUCAAAGUCGAGGAGCCCACGUGGAAGACACCACUGGGUCCGGUGUUCCUGCGCGCCGGCCGUGAGCUCGGCUACCAGGUGCCCGCGGACCACAGCGGCCCGCGACCGCUGGGUUUCUCGUACGUGCUGGCCACCACGGACCGCGGCACCCGGUGCAGCGCGUCCAAGGCGUUCCUGCGGCCUAUCAGGCACCGGCCCAACCUGACCGUGGCCAAACACGCCACCGUCACCAAGGUGCUCAUCGACGCGGUCUCGAAACGCGCGUACGGCGUGCGGUUCGUGCGCGGUCGCCGGACCUUUGAGGUGUACGCGCGUAAGGAGGUGAUUCUCAGUGCCGGUGCACUCAACACGCCGCAACUGCUCAUGCUGUCCGGCGUGGGACCGGCCGACCAUCUGAUCGAGCACGGCAUACCCGUCAUCAGUAACCUCAAAGUGGGCUACAACCUGCAGGACCACAUGUCCAUGGCCGGUCUGGUGUUUCUGGUCAACCAGUCAGUGACCAUUGUGGAGAGCCGUUUCCGGAAUCCCAAGUAUCUGGUCCAGUACGCGCUCAGAGGACAGGGACCGUACACCAUACCAGGUGGUGCGGAGGCGCUGGCGUUCACGGCCACGCGGUUCGCGGUCAACGGGUCCAGGGCCCCCGACAUGGAGCUGGUGUUCGGGCCCGGUGCGCUCACCGGUGACACGGGUGGCUCGCUGCGUCGGUUGCUCGGCAUGAACGAGACGUUCUACGAUCAGGUGUACGGCAAGUUCCUGGAGCACGACGCUUGGGGCCUGGUGCCGAUCCUGCUCAGACCAUAUAGCCGCGGCCGCGUCAAGCUCAGGUCGUCCAACCCGUUUCACGCCCCGCUGUUCUAUGCAGGCUAUUUGACGGACGAGCGAGAUCGUAACACUCUUGUCGAAGGCAUAAAACAGGCAAUCGCGGUAAGUAAGACCCGGGCGUUCCAAAAAUACGGGUCCAGACUGUUGCCGAUACCGUUCCCGGGCUGCGAGCACAAGCCGUUUAUGUCGGACGCAUACUGGAGGUGCGCCAUCGGGCUGGUGUCGACCAACUUACACCAUCAGUCGGGCACGUGUAAGAUGGGACCAGACUCAGACCCAGACGCAGUCGUCAACCCCCGGCUCAGGGUGCGUGGUAUUAAAGGGCUCCGAGUGGUGGACACGUCCAUCAUGCCGGUCAUACCGGCCGGCCACACUAAUUCCAUGGCAUUCAUGAUUGGCGAGAAAGCGGCGGACAUGAUCAAGGAGAGCUGGCUGAUGUAACACUCGCUGCAAGAAAUUACGAUGAUCAUUGUUCAUCCUCAGUUCGAUUAUCACUUGACGUUUUGGAAGAUAACUCUGUAAUGUUACACUAUUCAUGUCCGCUCAGAAACGAAUUUCGUCCCUUAUUUAGAUAACAGUUGCAAACAGAUAGCUUUCAGCAUUAUUAAUUUUACUAUUUUACAUUUUACGUUAUUAUUUUUAAUGAAGCAGCGAAUUAUUUGCAAACGCUUUUGUCUGAAUGGUAUUCCUUAAAAUUAUCAAUUGUUUACUGUUACCAUAAAAUACUGAAAAAUCAAAAUAGCGAAUACCAUUGAUUUACUAAAAUGUCCCCUGUAAGUAAUCGUAUCAGCCGUUUGAGAACCAUUAAGUGUCCCGUACUUAAUGUUUUCCAAGACCAUGAUCGAUACUUGAAUUUAAAUUUAAAUACAUUUAUGUUGAAUUCGACAAAUCUACUACGUCUUAAAACAUCAUGAAUUCGUACACAGAAUCAAAUGACUCUUCACGAUGAAGACGCAUCUCGUAAGUUAAUUUUAAAGAUUGUAUGAAUUAGCAAUCGGAAACACGUGAGCGUAACACGUGAGAAUAGUCUCCCAAUUCGACUUACAAAACUAAUUUCAUGGAAUCUCAUCUGAAUAAUAUUUUUAAUGUUUUUCGAUUACGUAUACUCAUUCCAUCGUUUGAAAUUAAACAUUAUAUAACAUUUAACCGCACAAAAGCUCUAACAGAAAUAUUACUCAAUCAUUUGUUUUCAUCAUAGAAUAAUGCUAAACGGUUAUGCUAAUAAUAAUAAUAAU